CGGGCCAGUUGCAGGCAUAAUCUUAGUAACCCGUAGUUGCAUCAAACCCGAACGCACCUUCCGCCGUAAAACAUCGCACGUCACGAAUUUGUUGUUGUACCUUCCAUCCCAAACAAGAAGCGUCUACAAGCACGCUGGCUUUCCCCGUUUGAAAGUGCCUCGCCUGUACAGCGUCUCAUACGCCGCUCAAAAUAUUUAGCGACUUGCAGAGGGUUCAGUGUCUGAGGGCAACAACGAGGUCCUCUCUCUUCUCGAUCUCCUUGACCUGCGGAAAAUUCAGCUCCAACCAUGCCCGUCAUCGUCGACCUGGACGCGGAAGCGGCCCCAAAGCCCCGCAUUCUCGUUGUCUCUCUCGAAUAUCAGGAGUGCUAUGACGAAUCUGUCAACCGGUUCUUGACCCCCAUGACCGAGCUGGCUACUGUUCAGCGCGUCAAGAAGGCCGCCACCCUCACCCGUCUCCUCACCAACGAGAGUUCUGAGCCGUACUCCGCCAUCGUCCUAACUGACGCCGCGCUCACGCUUCCCGAAAACCUUCCUCUUUGGGAGCACGUCCUCUCUUACCUGCGCCGCACAGGCGCCACCGCUGUACUCACCGGUCAAGUGGCGUGUUUUGUCAUCCCCGAUGACCUCGACGACUUUUUCCGUGUCUCGGGCCUUCCCGAGUGGAAGGCCGGCAUGUACCAGCGCAACAUCGUCGUGAUGAACGAACAGGCCGACGGCAUCCGCGACGCUACGCACUUUGACAUUGGCGACAAGAAUGGUCUUAAGGCUGCCUACAGCGUCAAGUCGCUGUGCCUGUCGGGUGUGAAGAGCGAGCACAGGUGGUAUGUUCCUGACGCCACUCAGGAGGAUCCAAACCUGAACAUCGCCGCAAGACUUACUAGGAGUCCUGAAGGUCGGGAUCCGGAGCGGGUGCGCCAGCAAGCUGCGGUGGCCUACGGUCCCGUGGGAGAGAAGGGUAGAAUUGGCUGGGUGGGCGAUAUCAACACUGAGGACCCCUCGGUCAAGGUCAUUUUGGCCUUGUGCGGGCUUGAUCCAGCUAAGGCCCAUGUCGAGCCGUUGAAGCCUCGUGGGUUGCGGUUCGACGCUGCACAAGGACGUUUUGUCGAGAUUGAGGACUGAAUGUUCCGCGGGGAAUCAGCCAAAUCGGCACGCGGAGAUGUCUAAGCGCAAUCCCAGACAUAUAAUACCGGUAUCCAUGUUCUUACGGUCCAACUUGCAGUACGGUAUGUGGCUCGCCAGUAUCAUCUAUCUGGCUUUUGGCGAGCCAGAACACUGAUAUGAAUGAAUACACAUACUGGCAUUCUUAGCAGCAGGUUCUACAACCGAUAUAUCGGCCACUAUACCUCUGAAAGCGACCUCUGCUUCAAGGUGCACUUGCGCGAGCCGUGGUCCUUAAGGAUUCACAUCGAUAGCCAUAUUAGCCCCAAAGAAACAUGUCAGACACCUCCUAUGGACGACUUGACCGAUAUCAUCUUAUACAAUCUGUCCCGC